AUGGAAACAAUUAGAAACACCAUCUCAGAGAAUUUGGGCGGUCCUGCCCAUGCUCUCGCUUCUCCGGAGAACAGCUUCAGUUUGGAUGAGGUGCCAGACCUCAGCGGCAAGGUUGCUGUUGUCACCGGUGGCAGUGAAGGCAUUGGAUUUGGUUGCACUCACACUCUCCUGAAGCACAACAUUUCCAAGCUCUUUGUCACAUCCAUGAGACAGGAGGUCGUUGAGGAAGCUUUGAAUGCAAUUGAGGAAGAGUUCGGACCCGAAGCACGCAAGAAGUUUAUCUGGAAGCAAUGCGAUCUUGCUGAUUGGGUGCAGACUGGCAAGGUCGCACAAGAGAUUGCCUCGCAGACCGACAGAAUCGACAUCCUCAUCAACAACGCCGGUCGAGGAAUCAUGACCAGACAACUGACUAACGACGGAACCGACCUUCACAUGGCAGUUAACCACUUUGGUCAUGUCGUUUUGACCAGCCACUUGCUGCCAACCAUCAAGGAGACUGCCUCCAAGGGUAACACUGUCCGCAUCGUCUGUGUCUCUUCCAACUUGCACGCUCAAGCCCCUAGCGAAACCGAGUUCGCAUCGGUCAUAGAACUGAACAAAGACUACGGCCCUCAGCCGCAGUACGGUCGUAGCAAGCUGGCUAACCUCUUAUACGCCAAGUGGCUGAAUGAACACCUCAAGACCGAAUACCCCAACAUUAUCGUCAACGCUAUUCACCCUGGCAUCGUCGAUACUGCACAAACAAACGUUCACAUCCACGAGGCAUUCCCUCUGCUUGGUUACGGCAUGUCUGUCGGACUCAAGCCUUUCCGCAAGACUCAGUUCGAGGGUUGUGUCUCUGCCAUGUACGCAGCAACCAUGGCCGAUACUGGCGGUAACUACAUCGCCCCUCCAAAGGUCUACGAGACCCCUUCUGAGAAGGGUCAAGACAUGCAAUUGGCGGAUCGCCUCAUGAAGUUGACAGCAGAGGUUGUGGAGUCGAAGACUAGGUCAGAGAGUUCGGCAAAGGGUUGCCCGUUCAAGGAGGAUUAG